GCUGCAAAUUUUUACAACCAAGUGGAAAAUUGCAGUUAAACUUAAAACCUCACCACAAACUUUAUUCUUUUUAUUUUCUUCUAUUUUUUCCAUAAUAUUUUUCCCCCAUUUUUGAAUCCCGCGCAAUACCAAUUGGCUCCUUCUUCUCGUUCCGCUUCUUCAUUAUUCUUCUUAGGGCUUAUCACUUCGUUUCCGCCAUGUUUCUCGCACCCUAAUUCUCAUUGAAAUCUCGCACCGACGCCGAGAUACUCGCCAAUCGAUAAGCGUUCCGAUGGCGGAGGAGCUGGCUCCUCCCGGCGCCGGCGAUUCGUCGUCGUCGGCGAGAGCUCCGUCGUCGUUCGUGAAGAAAGGCGACCGCCAAAUGUUCACGGUGGAGCUCCGGCCGGGAGAGACCACUAUAGUGUCGUGGAAGAAGCUGAUGAAGGACGCCAACAAAGUUAACAAUGGAUCCGCUUCCGCACCCGAGCACCGUCCCAAUGCGCACCCUUCGCUCGAGUUGGGAUACCAUAAGGAGAUUGAAGAACAAGGUGCUCCUCUGACAAACCGUUUCAAUGCUGUAAUAGAGAAGAUUGAACGCCUUUACAUGGGUAAGGAUAGUAGUGAUGAGGAGGAUCUACUUGAUGUUCCUGAUGAUCAGUAUGAUACGGAAGACUCUUUCAUUGAUGAUGCCGAGUUGGAUGAGUAUUUUGAGGUUGAUACUUCUGCUAUCAAACAUGAUGGAUUCUUUGUAAAUAGGGGGAAAUUGGAACGCAUACAUGAGCCUCCAAUAUUACCUAACCAGCAAGCAAAGAAAAGGCGCCGAAAAGAUAUUUUGAAGAAUCCUGUUGAGAAUGUUGAUGGUUAUGUAUCAAAUAAACAUGUAAAAUUAAGCAAGACAGCUUCUGGAAAGGCUGCGUCAUUGUCUGCGAAGAAUAUGAGUAAUUCCUCAGAUAAUUUGGCUGUACCUGGUGAACUUUAUGAAGACUUGAAGAUACAGAAUCAAUUGGAUGUCUCUGGAAUUAGUUCUAAAAAGAAAAGUGCUGAUAAUAGGCCAAUAUUGGAUCCUUCUGUCUGCUCGAAAGUAUCAAAUGAUGAUGCUCCUGCUGCAGAAGCAAAAGAUGCUGACAAGAAGAAGACAGGAGUAUUUCAAUCUAAGAACACAAAUGAUAAUUAUAAAGAUGCAAGUGGAUUGCUUGAUACUUCUCAUCAGAAAUAUCAUGAAAAAAGUGCAUGUGCACAUUCCAAAUCUCAACCUGGAAGAACCCCAAGUGGUGUUGACAAUUUAGAAAAUAUUGGCCAGCCUAAAGAUAAAAAUGGCAUCCGUGAACUACCAGAUCUUAACAUGUCUGAGGGGAAAUCUGCUAUGCAAGUACUAAAAUCUGAAAAUGUGGUAAAGAGAGAUGGUUCUAUUGUUAGGCCAAAAACUACAAUGCUUGAGAAAGCUAUUCGAGAGUUGGAGAAGAUGGUUGCAGAAUCAAGGCCACCAACUGUGGAAAACCAGGAGGCUGAUACCACAUCUCAAGCUGUCAAACGGAGAUUGCCUAGAGAAAUAAAGCUAAAACUUGCUAAAGUUGCUAGAUUAGCGCAGGCAAGCCAAGGGAAAGUAUCGAAGGAGUUAAUUAACCGUCUUAUGAGUAUUCUUGGGCACCUGAUUCAGCUCAGAACACUAAAGAGAAACUUAAAAAUUAUGAUCAGUAUGGGUUUGUCUGCAAAGCAGGAGAAAGAUGAUAGGUUUCAACAGAUAAAGAAAGAAGUUGUUGAGAUGAUUAAGAUUCAGGCCCCAUAUAUGGAAUCCAAGCAACAGCAGCAAGCUGGAGCAUCUGGGGAACAAGAAUUAGGUCCUGAUGGAAGGGUAAUAACUAAAAGGAAUUUCAGUAUGGACAUUGCAUUGGAAGACAAGAUCUGUGAUCUCUAUGACCUUUUUGUUGAUGGAUUAGAUGAAAAUUCAGGUCCGCAAAUCAGAAAGUUGUAUGCUCAGCUUGCGGAAUUAUGGCCAAAUGGUUACAUGGACAACCAUGGGGUCAAACGUGCAAUUUGCAGGGCAAAAGAGAGGCGCAGAGCUCUGUACAGCAGAGAUAAGGAUCAGGAAAAAAUUAAGAGGAAAAAGUUAUUGGCACCUCAGCAAGAGGAGAAUGUUCAGUUUGAUGCUACUUCAGUUACUUCACAACAGCACAUGCGAGAGAGAAUAGCUAUGGACGCUAGUAGUCACGCCUAUGCUUCAGUGAACAAGGCAGUUUCUAAUACAGUUACGGUUCCUCGGGUUCUCAACUCUUCUGCGAAUGGUCUGAAACAAGUAAAGGGAAGCUCAAGUGGUUCCUUGGAUGAUGUCAGGGUUGCAGAUGCUGUUUUAAUAAAGAAGAAAGCAAGGAGAAAGCCUGAAAUGGAGUUGGAAGGAACUCAUUGUCGCCCUGAAAAGAUGGCUUCUUUGCAUGGAGAAGAAAGGUCUAGGUCCCUAAAGCAGUCUGCAGGUGUUCCCCCCAAAUCAAACUUUCAGCCAGCUUCACUCCCUGGUCUUCAACAGUCAAGCUAACAUGAAGUCAGCUAGGAUGUUCACACUACAGGAUGUCUGUGUAUUAGUUUUUUUUUCCUCCUAAUUUUUUGGCUCAAUCCUCCCCUCCCAAAAUCAUUUUGUAUCCUUCUUAUUACCAUUUUUGUAAUUAAUGUCCUUGCACGGUUCCUUGAAAUAUAGAUAAAUUUUGUUGGU